CCCUUCUUCGCGCCACUCAUCACCCCCAAAUCAGAGAAAGGGAUCGCCAUCACCAGUCAACACUCACCAUUCACCACUCACCACUCACCAUCUCCACCAGUCACUCAUAUUUGUCACUCACCACUCACCACGCCAUCACUAGUCUUCAUCGUCGCUUCUGUUUGCUGCACUCUCACAUUAGGUAAAUUUUCCCCCUUUUCGUAUCCAUUCAGCCUCACUCACGUACUCUCAUCCUCCCUCAACUCACACACAUGAAAGAGAAGAAAUCAGAAAAGGGGAGCACAGGAAGAAGAAGAGAAGAAGAGAGGAGAGGGGAAGGAAGGAAAGAAACGACGACGCCACAUAUGGCUCCACCGCUGUCGAGCGCCGGUGAAAGAGAGCUCGAGGGAGAGAGAAAACACGAUGGAGGAGAGAAGAAAGGGUGCUUGGUCGCCGCUGAAACUCCACCGCCAUUGCUAGGGCUUCUUCCACCGCUAUCAUCUCCUCAAGAUUCAGAUUCCCUUCUUCUCUUGCAUCAAUUUCUCGUUCCACGCUAUCAUCUCCUCUCUCCCCGCUUUUCAGAUCCUCAUUCAAUUUCUCAUCAUCUCGUUCUUCUCGCCAUCAUAUCGUGGUCAAAGCCACCGAUGACUCUUCCAACCUAUCCGGUGAUGAUCCUUUUCGAUCUUUCCCGUGGUUCCAAUCCGACUCUGGUUAUUGAAGGGUGCAGUGCUUUUUGGAUUCAUGGCAUUUGGUACUUUUUAAGUUUUAAUUGAUCGAUAACUGAGAUUGCCUUCAUCAGAGUAAGAAACAGAAGGCAGCAAAGAGAGGGAGAAAGAGAGCAGAACCAAGACGGAAAGAAGGAGAGACAGGACAAGUUCCUCCACUUCUUCUUCUACUUAUAUGAGUGCUUGCUUCAUCUGGG